ACUCGGCUUUCGACCUCCCAGGCUGACUGUCAGGGCUCUGUGAAUGUGUGUGUGUGCAUGUGUGUGAGUAUGAGAGAGUGUGUGUGUGAGAGAGAGAGAGCUGUAGAGAGUAGGGAGAUUGUGUGUCUGUGAAGAUUUAAAGAAAAAGAAGAAGAGAGGAAGAGGAGCAACAGCUUCUAGUUUUGUUUUGAGGGAGUUUGUUUUCUGACGGAGAGACAAUUUAGGGAAGUGAAGACGGGAUGAUGGUGAUGAUGAUGAUGAUGAAGGGCUUCCCUCAGCCUCUGCAGGCUCAGGUGAGCCCCAGGCUCCAAACUGAGUGCUAACCAUAAUGUCGCAGCACGAGCAGACCUCCAGCACCCUGCAGCUGGUUGCCAAUGAUAUGACCAACAUCAUGGAGAAGCUGGACACCCGCGAGCUCGACUUGGGAGAUGGAGAGUACGACACGACAGACACCAGCUCCACAGCAGACCAUCUGCCUUUCACGGCGAUCUACCACACUGUGGCUUUCAAGGAGCCCGAGGCCAAAGUCUUCCUGUCCUCUCCGAUCACUGCCAAGAUCCUGGAGGUGGAGCGGUUCACCUCAGCUCAGGACCGCUUCAACGUCUCCAACCAGAGGAGUGUCAACAAGUCGAUGCCGGCGGUGUUUAAGAUAGAGCUGAAACACGGGGAGUUCACGUGGCUGGUGAAGAGGAAGGAGAAACACUUCAUGGAGCUCCACAGAGAGCUCAGGACGUACAAGACCUUCAUGAGGCUGCCGCUGCCGUCGCGGAGUCACACGAUAAAGAGGCAGGCGGGGGCGAGGAGCGAGGUGAGGCAGAUGCCGAACCUUCCCAGAGGAGGUGGAGACGAGCUGGGCCGAGAGGAGCAAGUGUCCAGUCGAAGGAAACAACUGGAAGAUUACUUGAAUAAGCUGCUAAAGAUGCCGAUGUACAGGAACUACCAUGCCACGAUGGAGUUCAUUGAUGUUAGCCAGCUGUCCUUCAUCCACGACCUGGGACCAAAGGGCUUAGAAGGAAUGGUGCUGAAGCGGUCCGGCGGCCAUCGGAUACCCGGGUUGAACUGCUGUGGUCACAGUAAAAUGUGCUACCGCUGGUCCAAACGGUGGCUGGUGGUGAAGGACUCCUUCCUGCUUUACAUGAAACCGGAUUCAGGUGCCAUCUCCUUCGUGAUGCUGGUCGACAAAGAGUUCAACAUCAAGAUGGAUUCUAAAGAGACGGAAACCAAACAUGGCGUCCGCAUCGACAGUCUCUCCAGGUCCCUGGUGCUGAAGUGCACCAGCUACAGACACGCCCGCUGGUGGGGUCAGGCCAUCGAAGGCUUCGUCCAGAAGCACGGCUCCGCCUUCCUCACCGACCACCGCUUUGGAUCCUUCGCCAGAGAGGAAGUGAACAUCCCCGCCAAAUGGUAUGUGAAUGGGAAAACAUACAUGGAGGACGUGGCUGAUGCUCUUGAAGAAGCCAAAGAGGAAAUUUUCAUCACAGACUGGUGGUUGAGUCCAGAGAUCUUCCUGAAGAGGCCGGUAGUUGAAGGAAACCGCUGGCGUCUGGACUGUAUAUUAAAACGCAAAGCGCAACAAGGAGUUCGAAUCUUUGUGAUGCUGUACAAGGAGGUGGAGUUGGCUCUGGGCAUCAACUCAGGAUACAGCAAGAGAACGCUGCUGCACCUUCACCCCAACAUCAAGGUGAUGCGUCACCCAGACCACGUCUCCUCCGCCGUCUACCUGUGGGCGCACCACGAGAAGAUCAUCGUCAUCGACCAGUCGGUGGCCUUCGUGGGCGGGAUCGACCUGGCGUACGGACGCUGGGACGACAAGGAACACCGGCUGACGGACGUUGGGAGUGUGACGCUCUCUCACCUGGAGCAGGCCAGCGCUGCCUCGUCCAGUCAGGCCUCCCCGUCCAACGGCAGCGGCGCCCAGAGCAACAGGAAGGGCAUUUUUACAGUGAUGGACUCGGUGGACCAGCCCAAGCUGAAGGGUCAGGGGAAGAUGAAGAGGAACAGGUUCAGCAUCAGGAGACACCUGCAGAAACACGGCCUGGCUCAGGCCGACAGCGACAGCGACAGCGACCUGGAGGCUGAGGAGAAAGCCGGCUCAGUGCGUAGUCUGCACACAGGAGUCGGAGAGUUGUUCGGAAACACACGCUUCUGGCACGGCAAAGACUACUGCAACUUUGUGCACAAGGACUGGAUUCAGCUGGACAAACCUUUCGAUGAUUUCAUAGACAGACACACGACUCCCAGAAUGCCUUGGCAUGACAUCGCCUCAGUGGUUCACGGGAAGGCAGCUCGGGACGUGGCCAGACACUUCAUCCAGCGGUGGAAUUUCACCAAGCUUGUGAAGCCAAAGUACCGCUCUCUGUCGUACCCGUACCUGCUGCCCAAGUCUCACACCACCGCUGGAGAACAGCGAUACCAAGUCCCCGACUGCACCCCCGCCAAAGUCCAGAUCCUCCGCUCGGCCUCAGACUGGUCGGCCGGCAUCAAAUACCACGAGGAGUCCAUCCACAACGCCUACGUCCACGCCAUCCAGAACAGCCAGCACUUCAUCUACAUCGAGAAUCAGUUCUUCAUCAGCUGUGCAGACAACCGGCACGUUUUCAACAAGAUAGGAGACACUAUUGCUGAGCGCAUCAUCAAAGCGUACAGGGAGGGUAAAAGGUACCGAGUGUACGUGGUGACGCCUCUGCUGCCAGGCUUCGAAGGAGACAUCAACACCGGGGGAGGCAGCGCCAUCCAGGCCGUCAUGCACUUCAACUACAGGACCAUGAACAGAGGAGACCACUCCAUCAUCUCCCAGCUCAGGAGAGAGAUGGGAGACCAGUGGAUAAACUACAUCUCCAUCGCCGGGCUGAGGACUCACGCCGACCUGGAGGGGAAGCUGGUCACCGAGCUCAUCUACGUCCACAGCAAGAUGCUCAUCGCCGACGACAACACUGUCAUCAUCGGUUCUGCCAACAUCAACGACCGGAGCAUGCUGGGAAAGAGGGACAGCGAGGUGGCGGUGAUCGUGGAGGACUCGGAGACGGUUGCCGCGGUGAUGGACGGGCAGCCGUACCAGGCUGGAAAAUACGCCCUGCAGCUUCGCCUCGAGUGUUUCAAGAUGAUCCUCGGCGCCAACACGGACCCCUCCAUCGACAUCUCAGAUCCAGUCAGCGACCACUUCUACAAGGAGGUCUGGAUGGCCACCUGCGCUCGCAACGCCACCAUCUUCCAGAAGGUUUUCCGCUGCCUGCCGUCCAGCGACGUCCGCAACAUCCUGGAGCUGGAGGGCUACCUGGGCAAGCCGGGCCUGGACAAGGAGGACCCGGCCCGCGCCCGCGAGGAGCUGAAGAAGAUCCGCGGCUUCCUGGUCCAGUUUCCUCUUCAGUUCCUGUGCGAGCAGAACCUGCUCCCUCCCAUCGGCUCCAAGGAGGCCAUGGUGCCCAUGGAGGUCUGGACCUGAGGGGGAGGGGAGGGACUCGGCUGCGUGUUCGUGUACGUUCAUGUACGUCAUGUGGAGGGGUUCCAGGUGGAUCAGGCCCCAACCUGGUGCCAUUUUGGAGGUUUUAGUUUCUUUUUUAAAGUAUGACUCAAAUGUAUCCACUGUUAGUUAUGCUCUUAGAAAUGUUAACAUCUGUCUUUCAUAUCACUGCCAGUAGCUCGUAGUCAGGUCUGUUUUUACUGUUUUUACAUUUCCUGCCCAAACUGUCAUCAGAUGCUUCAGGUUUUCCCGUCUCUGAGAGGAAGCUUAUCCUGAGUUCACCAGCUGUGAGCAGCCAGCUGUUAAAUCCACACCCACCUCAGAUCCAGCUGUCCUGGCAGCAGCCGUGUACCGUCGUGUGCUUAAAACUCGACAGGCAGGUCCGGCUACGGUGUCUUUGCCAAACCGACUAAUGCCAGAAAUACUAUAAAAAUGAUUUAUAGUUUAAAGAAGUAGAAGAAAGAAGUAGUUUUUAAGUAGACGGCUCAAGAGGAAGGUGCCUCUAAGUCUAAACCCAGGGCUUAAACAUUUACAGAUAUUCACCAGAGCUGAGUAGAAGACAAAAAUCUUUACAACCUGGUUGGUAGAGAUUUAAACUAUCUCUACAUCAGCAGCCAAAACGACCUCCAAAAUGGCGUCAGCUGUGGUUGCGGCAGAUUUGCGACGAAGCCUCUGAACCGUCAGUGCCGCUGAAUGCACAUGAAUGACAUUACACCUUCUCAAAUCUACAAAUUUACUUUUAAAACAUGCAAAAACACAAAGGGAGGUCGACCAGCAGACAGAGCGAUGAACUCUACAGUGCCUGAGAACCUGGGCCUCAUGUUUACAAGAAGAAACAGGAAGUGGAGAGAUGGAAGCGGUCAACUGAAGCCUCCUCCUGCCCAAGCUUUUACUGGAUAAUGUUUUAUCAGCAGCUCGCUCCUCCGUUCUCUGACAACACUAUGCAACAUCCAGGGGCCGGCGAACGCAGCUCUGACUCUUCUGACGCUUCGAAAAGACACUAAAAGAGACAGAGAGGAGGAUGAAGAGCUGUCGGCCAUUUUCUAAAAACGCGCCUCAUCUCUCUCUGACGCCCUGCUUUUUAAUUUUAAUGUCAAACAGAAAAUCACAAGUGCCAAAGACUGUAGCCGGAUGUUAGAACACCGUACAUUCAUUCAUUUACAUUCCUCAUUCUGUGGAGUCUACAUUCAGCCUUAAGUGACCUGUUUUAUACUCUGAUCUGGUUCCUUUAGGUAGUGCUUUAUUUUAUGGGUUUCCUGUGAAGUUUUCUGGAAGGAUUAGAAGUUUAGUCUCUGUGUAAUGAUUAAAUUGUAGUUUUAUCUGAAGGUGUGUACAUCUUCCUUUCCAGGAAACUGACAGGAAGUUACAGACUCAGAUAAAGCAUUACUGCUCUUUUUUUUAACGACAUAACCCACAGAUUCAUGCAUGAUAAGUUUAUGACAACGCUGCGUUUCACUCUCGGUCUGAAGGUUGAAAUUCUUAAGCGACAGUCAGCUUCAUAUCUGUUAUAUUUGGCUGAUUAUAAGAUUAUUAGGUGAAGUGUUAGCAGCUCUUAAGAGAAAAUUCAGUCUCUUUUAAGGCUUUUGAGAUGUAUAUUACCCAUGAUCCCCUGCUUCUGGAGCAGGAAGUGCUGAACUCCAAACUCCAUUUUAGAAAUCUGGAUAUUUUCAGAGUUUCCUGGCUGGAUAUCAGAGGUGAACGCUGGUUUUUAACGACUUCUAAGUUCAGGAAAAUCAGUUUCCAGCUUUAAGUUUAUAGAAAUAUUAAAACUCAUGCUCAAGUUUUAAUCUGGAACCUCGUCGUCUCUGGAUUUCUGAUCUUCUGACGUUUCUGAAACGCAGUGUCGAUAUUCCUCAGUGUCUUCCUGUGUAUGAUCUCUGCAUGAAGCUGUUUUGUGCGAUGGAUUUUUACCAAAAACAAACCAACGACCAUCAGAGACGCUCCCUGCAGCUGACAGCAUGACAGCAGCUCGUUGCCAUUAAACACCAGAGAUAAGAAGCAUGAACCCUGCAAGCUGCAUGGUUUCCUUUAAAAGCCAUGGACUUUGUUGAUGUUAUAAAAACGUGUGCCUGUCUUACAAGCUCAAGCUUCUUUACGGUUGAUAUUUAUGGAAAAGUGGGCCCUUAAACGUGCUCUUCUUUUUAACCUUCCUCUCUACCUCCCUGUGUUUCUACCUCCUGCUCCAGUGCUUCUCAGCUGAGCUUAAAUUUGACGAUUAUUUGCAGCAACCCCCUCAAAAUUAACCAAGUAAAGCUGCCUGAAAAGGCGAGUAAACAUUAAAGGUUUGCUGUUAUGUGCAAUACCAGCCUGUUUCUGUCUAAAUCAGACAGUGUAAAGGCAGCAGAAUGUCAUUCACACCUACAGAAUUUACUUUAAAAGGCUGAGGAAACACUGACCCGUCCCGUCUCUUCUCUGUCUGGCUUUGAUCACUGUGUCUCUAUGAAAAUGCACUAUUUGCACAGACUGUUGUUUUUCCUGUGGCGACCCCGUAAUGAUGACCUGCAGUACCACGUCAUGUGUUGCUUUCUGUGAAAUGAUGGAAUAAAUAAAUACGGUGUUAAUACGUCAUUAAACGGCUUUUAUGAUUUGA